CUCUGUGCGGAAAAUGUGGCGCGAGUGCCCGAGUCGACGCUGUGUGUAUGCAAACUUAUGAGGAAAAGACAGACAAAGGGGUUUUCUUUUGUUGUUUUGUCUAAAUUUUAGUUUUUUUUUAGUGUUUACGAAGUCACAAUCUCGGGAAUCCACUCUCCUCAAGGUGAACAUGCCUCGCAGACGACAGAGACAUGUGGCUGGGAGUGGUUCAGAUGGGACUGAGGACUCUGACUCCUCUGCUGAAAGGGAGCAGACUAAUAGUUCAGAAAGUGAUGGGAAUAUGCCCAAGAGACAACGCCUCACCAGAGCUUCCACUCGCCUUAGCCAAAGCUCACAGGAUACACCAGACCUGAAGAGAGCAGGGGACCAUGAUGAAUCCCCACCGUUGACACCCACAGGGAAUGCACCUUCCUCUGAGUCUGAGCUCGACAUCUCCAGCCCGAAUGCCUCACACGAUGAGAGCCAGGCCAAAGACCCAACCAACAGGGACUCAGACAAAGAUCUGUCCCACCGCCCCAAACGCCGCCGCUGCCAUGAGACCUACAACUUCAACAUGAAAUGCCCCACGCCAGGAUGUAACUCGCUAGGUCACCUUACGGGCAAACAUGAACGUCAUUUUGCUGUAUCUGGAUGCCCUCUCUACCACAAUCUCUCUGCUGAUGAAUGUAAGGUAAAAGCCAUCAGCCGUGAGAAACAGGAGGAGGAGGUGAAGGGGCAAGAUGAGAGCAACACACGCCACGCUACCCGGCACCAGACGCCCACGUCAAAACAGAGCAAAUACAAAGAGCAAGUGGCUGAGAUGAGGAAGGGGAGGAACUCUGGACUGCAAAAGGAGCAGAAAGAGAAGCACAUGGAGCAUCGUCAGACCCACGGCAACACCAGGGAGCCGCUGCUGGAGAACAUCACCAGUGAAUAUGACCUGGAGCUUUUCAGGAAGGCCCAGGCCCGUGCAUCUGAAGACCUGGAGAAGCUGCGCAUUCAGGGCCAGAUCACAGAGGGCAGCAACAUGAUCAAGACCAUCCUGUUUGGCCGCUAUGAGCUGGACACCUGGUACCACUCGCCCUACCCUGAGGAGUACGCCCGCCUGGGACGCCUCUACGUCUGCGAGUUCUGCCUCAAGUACAUGAAGAGCCAGACGAUCCUCAGGCGACACAUGGCCAAGUGUGUGUGGAAACAUCCACCAGGAGAUGAGGUCUACAGAAAGGGUGCUAUAUCUGUGUUUGAAGUUGAUGGUAAAAAGAAUAAGAUCUACUGUCAGAACCUGUGUUUACUCGCCAAGCUCUUCCUGGACCACAAAACUCUGUACUACGACGUGGAACCUUUUUUAUUUUAUGUCAUGACUGAGGCCGACAACACUGGCUGUCACCUAGUGGGAUAUUUCUCUAAGGAGAAGAACUCAUUCCUCAACUACAACGUGUCCUGUAUUCUGACCAUGCCACAGUACAUGAGGCAGGGCUUUGGCAAGAUGCUCAUUGACUUCAGCUACCUGCUGUCCAAGGUAGAGGAGAAGGUGGGCUCCCCCGAGAGGCCUCUGUCUGACCUGGGACUCAUCAGCUACCGUAGCUACUGGAAGGAAGUGCUGCUCCGAUACAUGUACAACUUCCAGGGCAAGGAGAUCUCAAUCAAAGAGAUCAGCCAGGAAACUGCUGUCAAUCCAGUGGACAUUGUCAGCACUCUGCAGUCUCUUCAGAUGCUCAAGUACUGGAAGGGAAAGCACCUGGUCUUGAAGAGACAGGACCUGAUUGAUGAGUGGAAGGCCAAGGAGACCAAGAGAGGCAAUAACAACAAAACCAUCGACCCCACCUCUCUAAAAUGGACCCCACCUAAAGGGACAUAAGCACUAACAACCCCAGGCUACUGCAUAAACUAACCAGCCACACCAGUCACACGUAGCCUAGCCUAACAACUCUGUGUUGUUUUCUUUUCUGUUUUUACUCUGCUUAUUCCCCAGCACCUUCCUCCUUUAUGUAAUGAAACUUUAUACCUUUUUUAAUUGUACACUUUAACUCCUAUUUAUGUUUUAAGCACCAUUAGCUUCAAUUCAGAGAAUUAUUGGCUGAAAUAUUGUCACACAGUUAAGGGUAGAGAAUCUGAGUUUGUCCUUUUUUGUUUCAAAAUGAUCUGCUUCCUCUGAGCUUUGAAUGUCUUUGUGUUGGAUCAGAAGUCCAGUGUGGUGGAUGCCAUGAAUGUCUUGCUUUGCCCAUGUAUAAAAAAAGAUACUUAACUACUUUUGGCAGCAUUUACUGGCUGUUGCUUUUUAUUUCUUUCAAGAAAAGUGCAUUUUGAAGAUGGUAGUUAUUUUCAUUUGGAAAUAAUACAAUAUCAUUGGCAUGAACUUGAAACCAUAAGCGGACUGAGGAGUAUGAUGUUUUGUAUUGUAGCGUCCUUUUGGUUGGUAUAAAAUUGUAUAGAUCAUAUUGAUGUGUAAAUCUUUUUCUAGCUGUAGAAAUACUGGACUUGGGCCCAUUCCUCUUGCGAAUCUGCCAAAUAGAAGAAUAAUACCAUUGAAAUAUUAAACAUGUUGCUCAUAUCACAAACUGAACCACAGAAUCAUGGUGAAAAAAAAAAUGCACAAACACAUAAACCUCAGGUUUUUGUACUAACACAAUCAUACCUUGUUUGUGUGAUUCCUCUGAAACAUCAAGUGCAGUGCUGGUUGCAGAUGGAAUUAUUCUGGUUAGAGAGUCUGUUUAAAAAAGAAAAAAAAAAACAUUUAAGCAACAUUUUAAUGGGAUUGUUUUAGCCUGGUCGUAUUUUUAAUCAUAGAUGUUAAAUGUGUAGUAACAAUUUGUUAUUUUUUAUAUCAAUAAAGUUGCUUUGAGAAUU